CUGUUGGCAGUGGUGGAGUGCAGCUAGCCAUGGAGAACGCUUUGACGGCCCGGGACCGGGUAGGAGUCCAGGACUUUGUCCUCCUUGAAAACUACACCAGCGAAGCGGCUUUUAUUGAAAACCUGCGGAAACGAUUCAAGGAAAACCUGAUCUAUACCUACAUCAGCUCUGUCCUGGUCUCGGUGAACCCAUACAAGGACCUGGAAAUAUACAGCAAGCAGCAUAUGGACCGCUACCGUGGUGUCAGCUUCUAUGAAGUCUCUCCUCAUCUCUACGCUAUUGCUGACAACGCAUAUCGCUCUCUGCGCACUGAGAGAAAAGACCAGUGCAUCCUGAUCUCUGGGGAGAGUGGAGCUGGCAAGACCGAGGCCACCAAGAAGAUCCUGCAGUACUACGCCGUGACAUGCCCGGCCAGCGACCAGGUGGAAACCGUGAAAGACAGGCUCUUGCAGUGCAACCCAGUCCUGGAGGCUUUUGGGAACGCCAAAACCCUGCGCAACGACAAUUCCAGCCGGUUCGGGAAAUACAUGGAUGUCCAGUUUGAUUACAAGGGAGCUCCUAUUGGGGGCCACAUCCUGAACUACCUUCUGGAGAAGUCCCGCGUCGUGCACCAGAAUCACGGAGAGAGGAAUUUCCAUAUAUUCUAUCAACUGCUGGAGGGAGGGGAGGAAGAGCUGCUCAGGAGGCUGGGUCUGGAGAAGAAUCCCCAUCAGUACCAUUUCCUAGUGAAGGGCCAGUGUGCAAAAGUCAGCUCCAUCAACGAUAAGAACGACUGGAAAGUGGUGCGCAAGGCCCUGUCGGUCAUUAACUUCAAUGACAACGAGGUGGAGAAUCUGCUGAGCAUCAUCGCCAGUGUGCUGCACUUGGGUAACGUGCAGUUUUCAGCCGACGAACAGAGCAACGCCCAAGUGGUCACGGAAAACCAGAUCAAAUACCUGGCCAGGCUCCUGGGUGUCGAAGGCUCUCUGCUCCGGGAAGCUCUGACCCACAAGAAGAUCAUUGCAAAGGGGGAAGAGCUGAUCAGCCCCCUCAAUCUGGAGCAGGCAGCCUACGCACGAGACGCUCUCGCCAAGGCUGUGUACGGGCGCACAUUCUCCUGGCUCGUGAAUAAGAUCAACAAAUCGCUCGCGUACAAGGAAAUGGAGAAUCCCGGCUGGAGAAGAAGUUCCUCCGUUCUUGGGCUGCUGGACAUCUACGGAUUCGAGGUGUUCCAACACAACAGCUUCGAGCAGUUCUGCAUCAACUAUUGCAACGAGAAACUGCAGCAGCUCUUCAUCGAACUCACACUGAAGUCUGAGCAAGAGGAGUAUGAGGCCGAGGGCAUUGCGUGGGAGCCGGUCCAGUAUUUUAACAACAAAAUAAUCUGCGACUUGGUGGAAGAGAAGUUCAAAGGCAUCAUUUCAAUUCUGGACGAGGAGUGUCUGAGGCCAGGAGAAGCCACGGACACGACCUUCUUGGAGAAGCUGGAGGAGACGAUCAAAAACCACCCUCACUUCCUCACGCACAAGCUGGCGGACGCAAAGACCCGGAAGUCUUUGGGCCGGGAAGAAUUCCGUCUCCUGCAUUAUGCUGGGGAGGUGACCUACAGUGUCUCAGGUUUCCUGGAUAAGAACAAUGAUCUCCUUUUCAGGAACCUGAAGGAGGCCAUGUGCAACUCGGAGAAUCCCAUAAUCAACCAGUGCUUUGAGAGAACAGAGCUGACAGACAAGAAGAGGCCCGAGACGGCGGUGACUCAGUUUAAGAACAGUCUCUCUAAGCUGAUGGAAAUCCUGAUGUCCAAGGAGCCAUCUUAUAUUCGCUGCAUUAAGCCAAACGAUGCCAAACAGGCCGGCCGUUUUGAUGAAGUUUUGAUCCGACAUCAAGUCAAAUAUCUGGGUUUGAUGGAGAACUUGAGGGUGCGAAGGGCCGGUUUUGCUUAUCGGCGGAAAUAUGAAGUCUUUCUUCAAAGGUACAAAUCUCUGUGUCCUGAGACGUGGCCCACCUGGGACGGAAGGCCCCAUGAUGGAGUGUCGGUGCUCCUGAAACAUCUGGGUUACAAGCAGGAGGAGUUCAAGAUGGGCAGGACAAAAAUCUUUAUCCGUUUCCCUAAGACGUUGUUCGCCACGGAAGAUGCCCUGGAAAUCCGGAAGCAGAGCCUGGCCACAAUGAUGCAGGCAAACUGGAGAGGCUUCCAUCAGCGGAAGAAAUUCCAGCAGAUGAAGAGUUCAGCCACCACCAUUCAGUCUUGGUGGCGCGGGACCCUGGGACGGCGCAAGGCUGCCAAGAAGAAAUGUGCUGUGGAGACCAUUCGACGAUUCAUCAAGGGCUUCAUUUACCGGAACCACCCUCGCUGCCCUGAGAAUGAAUACUUCCUCGACUACAUCCGCUACUCCUUCCUGAUGACCCUGAAGCGCAACCUACCAAAGAGUGUCCUCGACAAGUCUUGGCCAACACCCCCUCCGUCGCUGCAAGAGGCCUCUCGGCUGUUGAGAGAACUCUGCAUGCAGAACAUGGUCUGGAGUUACUGCAAGAGAAUCAGCCCAGAGUGGAAGCUGCAGCUGGAUCAGAAAGUGGUGGCCAGUGAGAUCUUCAAGGAUAAAAAGGACAAUUAUCCUCAGAGUGUUCCCAGACUGUUCCUGAACACCCGCCUUGGCAGUGAAGAUAUAAAUGCCAAAGUCCUCCAGGUGCUGGGAAACGAGACGCUGAAGUAUGCGGUUCCUGUGAUCAAGUACGACCGGAAAGGCUACAAGGCCCGGCCGCGCCAGUUGCUGCUCACCCAGAACGCUGUCGUGCUAAUCGAAGAGUCCAAAAUCAAGCAGCGGAUUGACUACGCCAACCUGACGGGUAUCUCACUCAGCAGCCUGAGCGACAACCUGUUUGUUCUUCAUGUACUCCGGGAGGAUAACAAGCAGAAGGGCGAUGUCGUCCUACAGAGCGAUUUUGUGAUUGAGACUCUGACCAAGAUUGCCAUUUGUGCCAACAAAGUGAACAGCGUGAACAUCAACCAGGGCAGCAUAAAGUUCACAGUUGGACAAGGCAAAGAAGGCAUCAUUGAUUUCACGUCAGGAUCGGAACUCCUCAUAGCCAAAGCCAAGAACGGCCACCUUGCUGUGGUGGCUCCUCGCUUGAAUUCUCGAUGACGAAUGUUGCCUGUUUGCAAGGACUUCCCUCUGACUACUUCCUGUACCUUUGGCUGGACCGUUUCCCUGCCACCCUUUCGGGAGGAGG